UAAGGAGAACCCCCGUUUACGUCGUCAGAACUCCAAUGACUGCUGAGAACUCAAGCUCCGUAGCUAAGUGACCGUCUCGCCCCACCCGGGCAUGCGCAGAAAAACACGGAAGCAAUUUCCGUAGUAAUUAUGGGAGUCUGACACUGGGGGUGUGGCAAGGGCUCCAAAAUCCCAGCAUUCGCAUCGUGCCGGUGUCAAGAUGGCGGCCCCCAUGUUCCGGUGCUUUUCCCGGGGCAGGUGGUUUGGGAGCCCGGGCACGUCAGGAGUCUUGUUCCUGGGACUGCGUGAGGCCCAUUCGGGCGCUCAGGGGCUGCUGGCGGUGCAAAAGGCUCGAGGUCUGUUCAAGGAGUUCUUCCCCGAGAGGGGUACGAAGAUAGAGCUCCCAGAGCUUUUCGACCGUGGAACGGGCAACUUUCCCCAGACCAUCUACUGCGGUUUCGACCCCACGGCCGACUCGCUUCAUGUGGGGCACCUGCUAGCUCUUCUGGGCCUGUUUCACUUCCAGCGAGCAGGCCACAACGUUAUAGCGCUGGUGGGAGGUGCCACCGCGCGCCUGGGAGAUCCGAGCGGCCGCACCAAGGAGCGCGAGGCCCUGGGCGCAGAACGCGUGCGAAGCAAUGCGCGCGCCCUGCGCCAAGGCCUCGAGGCCAUGGGUGCUAAUCACCAGCAGCUCUUCGCGGAUGGGCGGCCUUGGGGAAGCUUCACGGUACUGGAUAAUUCAGCCUGGUACCAGAAGCAGCACCUGGUGGAUUUCCUAUCAGCCGUAGGCGGCCACUUCCGCAUGGGGACGCUCCUCAGCCGGUUGAGCGUCCAGACCCGACUCAAGAGUCCCGAGGGCAUGAGCUUGGCCGAGUUUUUUUACCAGGUGCUCCAGGCUUAUGAUUUCUACUAUCUGUUCCAACAUUAUGGAUGCCGGGUCCAGCUGGGUGGAUCUGAUCAAUUGGGCAAUAUCAUGUCCGGAUACGAGUUUAUCCACAAGUUGACUGGAGAAGACGUAUUUGGAAUCACUGUUCCACUAAUUACAAGUACAACAGGAGCAAAAUUGGGAAAGUCUGCUGGUAAUGCUGUGUGGCUAAACAGAGAUAAGACCUCUCCGUUUGAAUUGUAUCAAUUCUUUGUCAGGCAGCAGGAUGAUUUGGUAGAAAGGUACCUGAAGCUCUUCACUUUUCUGCCCCUUCCAGAGAUUGACCACAUAAUGCAGCUGCAUGAGAAAGAGCCAGAAAAGCGGGGUCCUCAGAAACGACUUGCUGCAGAAGUUACAAAGCUUGUUCAUGGACAAGAAGGGCUGGCUUCUGCUAAAAGGUGCACUCAAGCCCUUUACCAUAGUAGCAUAGACGCAUUGGAGGUCAUGUCUGAUCAAGAGCUAAAAGAGCUGUUUAAAGAAGCUUCGUUUUCUGAACUAGUUCUCGACCCAGGAACAAGUGUCCUAGAUACAUGUCGCAAAGCAAAUGCCAUUCCAGAUGGUCCCCGAGGGUAUCGGAUGAUAACAGAAGGUGGAGUCAGUAUAAAUCACAGACAAGUAACAAAUCCUGAGAGUGUUUUAGUCGUUGGACAACAUAUUCUUAAGAAUGGACUUUCAUUACUUAAAAUAGGAAAAAGGAAUUUCUACAUUAUAAAAUGGCUUCAGCUAUGAUGAAAAAUCCUUCUGGUGGUUCAGACGUAUCCAUCUCAUUCUCAAGAUGUACCAAAGGUUGGUUCCAGAACUUAUACUUUCGUUCACACAAGCCAAACAACAGAGAAUGGAGUAUACUCUAGGCCUCAGAGUGUGAGUAAUUUCAUUAUUUAUAUAGGUUGAUUAACGUGUAAUGAUGGGGUAUUUUGUUUCCUGAUCUGCAGGUAUUAAGGACUACCAUAGAAAACCAUGAUUGCCAAGGAUACUCUCUUUUAAAAAUCCUGUUUCAUGAAAUAACUAUUGUAUCCUUCUUGCGCUCUUUUUAGAGAUGAGGAAGAACAGUGAAAAAGAGGGCAGAAUAAGGACUCUUGGAUACUUUUAUAUCCAAGUGUCUAUCUUCCUGACCUUACUAACACCAGCAGCAUCCGCAGUGGUCACAUUAGAGAUGUGAAAUACGGUACUGGAAACUGUAGAUUUCUGAAUUUUUUGCCAGUUAGGAAGCAAAUACAGUUCUCCUUAAGAAGAAAAGUAUUACACAAAGCCCUAGUUGGGAGUAGAAAUUACAGUAGAAAGUUUCUUUUCAAAGAACAAAAACCAGUACUUUUGAGAAAGUUUCCAAUUCAGUUGUCCAGUCUCUUACCUGUGUUUCAGUAUAAAUUUACUCACAGCCUUGUUUUGCCAGA